AUGAAAGAUGCACGAAUAUGACGUAAAUGAGCGCAAAGAGGAACCAGCCAGUCUUCCACCCAAUCAAAUCAACACCAGCAACAGCGAUAAGCAGCUCCUACAGGAUCAGCUAAAUCAAGAGCAGGAGCAACCAAAUCAGCAGCAGGAGGUGCAGGAUUGGCACAGUUCACACUGCCAGCCCAUACAGGAUCAGCCAAAUCAGCAAGAGGAGGAGCAGCAAGAUUUCUUUCAGGCUUCCAUCCUUUAUCCUCUGGUAGUCUUCGAUCAGGUGGCUGCCAGGCAGGUUAUUCCAAUUGAGGACUCGCCAAAGAGUUCGCCUGUUAAGAAGCGACAGCGUCGCGUUUAUGUCGCCGACUCCUCGCGCUGCUCCAGUCUACGUUCCCGACGAGAAUCCGCUACCAAGGACCCCGUAGAAGUUGGCCCAAAGCAACCAGAAGUCACUCCACCAGUUGCGCCGGUUCAGGCGCCUUCGCCCACGCCCACAGAGUCUUCGGAAUACAUACCACUAGAAUUAUUUAAAGCGGAGUUUUGGAACUGCAUUGAGGAGGUACAGGAGUCAAAGCUCCCUGGUAGGAAGCGACGAGUUGCUGGAGGUCGCAAACGGGCGCGCGGCAACAAGCUACUGAGAGAGAUCGAAAUACAUUCACCGCAAACGGCGGCGGCAAUAGCGAUAGCGCAGGCUGAACUCAACGCCGCCGGAAAGUCGGGAGCACCAGAGCCGCGGGUCAGCCGCAAAAGGACCAACACGAUGUCGCUGUAUGAUCGCCGAUUUCAGACGACCACUGAUGAUCGUCGGGUGGCGAACGGAUACGGAGGGAAUGGUGCACGGUCGGGCACCGGCUCCGCAUCCAACGAGAUCGAGUCUCAGGAUCUGCAGAGUCAUCAGUAUUACGGGCCCAACGGUGGCAGCAAUACCACGGGAUCGGGAGCGGGAUUGAACGGAAGUGCGGCGGCCCUGAAUCACACCCCUUCAAUGGGCACCCUGUGUAACAUUGGCAACAGUUGCUACUUGAACUCAGUGGUGUACACCCUGCGUUUCGCUCCGCACUUUCUGCACAGUCUGCAUCACUUGAUUCAGGACUUAAAUGUGGUGCAGCAGACUAUUGUACGCCAGCAGACGGCCAGAUCAGCAUCGCUGGGGAGAAAUGUGAGUGCCGCCCAGUUGGAACACGCGCGCAGUUGGAGCAGCAAGGAUCUGGCCACCAGUACGGAUCAGUACAGUGGCUUGAAUGGCGGAGUUAGUAGCGGAAGCAGUGGCAGCAGUUCCAGCAAAUCGACUCAUCAGUCGGUGACCGAGAAACUCCACGAACUGUAUAAUAACCUGCACGGCAAUGAGAUGGCAGACUCUACGGAGCCGUACCACGCGGAUACACUGCUGCACGCAAUCCAGGAUGUGAAUGCCACCUUUGAAGGCAACCAGCAGCAGGACGCCCACGAGUUCCUCAUGUGCGUGCUGAACUGCAUCCGCGAAACGAACCAGUCGCUGAUCAAGGCCAUCGGCGAGUGUCCCGAGGUCAUUGCAAAUGGAUACAUAGCCAACCCAGAUGACGUCGACACCGGAGAGAGCCAGGAUCGCACUGAUUCCGCUGCGUCACAAAAUCUGAGCUCUGGCAAUGGAUCGCUGGCAACUAGUCAAAUAACCACGACCAAAACGUCGUUCUUCUCUCGCAAAUCAAAAAGAAAAGACGAGGUCAAGUCAUCCAAGUCGACGCGCAUUCAGUCGCCUCUGAAGGACAACAGUCCCACGGCGGGCGCAAUAUCCGGAGCGGGCACAGCCCAUGCCACCGCCAACAGCCUGUUCUACUUGAACACAGUUGAUCUCAGCGGCGCCAGUGGCACCAGCGUAAGUGGAAGUGUCAGUGGCAGUGGUAUUAUACCCACGAGUGUGGCAUUGCCGACUUUACCGGCGCCACAGGCCACAAAAUACUCCAGCGACGACGAGAUGAACUCCGCCACAGUGUUAAAGGAUAAGAUGCGACUGGAGGAGCGGAUACGUGAGCUGAACCUGAACUUCUUCAGCUCCGACUUUGAGGGCAUUGUGGUGCUGACCACCAAAUGCCUUAGCUGCGAAACGAUCACGCGGCAAAAGCAGGGCAUGCUUGAUAUUUCUGUGCCGGUGCCGAUCUCAGGAUAUGACAACGCCGAUCUGCAAGACAAACCUAGCACCUACAUACAGAACUCGUGCAUCACCAAGGAGUAUUUUCGCGGGGAGAACAAGUACAGCUGCAACCAGUGCACCGGCUACACAGAGGCAAUUCGCUCCAUCUCGUACGAGGUGUUGCCUCGGCUGCUGGUCAUCCAGCUGAACCGUUUUUCCGGCGGGAUGGAGAAGGUGAGUACGUACGUGCCCACCACCUUCACUCUGCCCUGUUUCUGCGCCACCUGCUGUGAGCUAAGCGAGGGUAACAAACUGCACGUUUAUAAGCUGUACAGCGUGAUCACACAUGUGGGAGCCACCCUGACGGUGGGCCACUACAUUGCCUACACGUGCUUUUUGGAUCUGGCCAGUGACUACGUGAAUUGUCCGAAGGAUAAAAGGAACACCAUGACUGGUUCGCAAACAAUGGCUUCGCAAGCGGCGGCCUCCAAUGAGAAUGCGGCUCCAAACAAUGGAAGCAGCUCCGUGGCCAGUACUCCCGUCAUUGCAGCUGCCUCGGCGCUGGCAUCCUCGGGAAACAUUUUAAUGAAGAAGAUGAAGUUCGGACGCAGCAAGGCCUCCAGCAGUGGGGAUAUGAGCAAGAACGUUAAGCAGGUGAACGGGACCAGCAGCAAGAACAUCACCAAUGGGAUCGGUAAGCUGAGCAUGAACACCACCUGUCAAGGGGUGAACUGUUGUGCCAUGAGGCUCUGCUGCAGCCAGCAGACGAGCAGCAGCAACUCAGCCAGUUGCAGUGAUUUUAGCGAAGAGUCCCUGCAAAACGGCAGCAACAGCAAUCUCAGUUUCGGAGGAUCGGCCACCACCUAUCCCACGGGUUACGGAAGCACGGGACGCGGUGGUGUCCGAGCAAACUACGCCCACGGAGGCACAGAUCCCAUUUGGUACAUGUGCGACGACGACAAGAUCAAGGCCAUGACCCAGCGGGAGUUCGAGGAACUGCUAUCUCCCACUCGAAAGAUCACAAUAACGCCCUACCUACUCUUCUACGCACGUUUCGAUCUUCAGCCGCAGAAGGCCACGCCGCCGAAGCCGGGAACAUCCCCAACGCCUCCGCCACAAUCUUCGGCACAGAGCUCCUGGUCCAACGAUAAUGUGCCCAGCGGUUCGCACAAGAUUUGAGGUUGUCCCAAGUCACAGAGAUCGACUGGCAAACGAGGAAAGUGAAAUUAAUAGUCGAAAAUUAACUUUUUGCCUAUUAAUCUUCAAUUUCCUCGCCUUUAAUCGGCAUACUGAUUGGAUUGUCUCUAGCCUAGAAUAAUAAGCAAAAUAAGAAGUCUGUUUGUUAAACAAUGUAAUCGUAAGUGUAUUUAAAAAUGAAAAGAGUACAAUAAUUGAAUGCCAACAUCAAAUGCAUUGAUAGAAAAUACUGUUUAACAGACUGUUCAAUCGAUGCAAAUGAUUUUAACAUACAAUUUUUGUAUUCUUAUCGUUAUUAAAUAAGGGCCAACUCCGAUAGGCUCAUUUUUCCACAUAUUCAAAGAUCGUAUAUUAUUUGUUUUUAUUAGUAGCAAUCAGUUCAGCCUGUUCAAUCGAUGCAUUUGAUUUUGGCAUUCAAUAAUUGUAUCCUUAUCGUUAUUAAAAAAACUUACCAGAAGCGUCACAUUAAAAACACGAAUUUAAAACGUUGAGAUUGUUUGCUCCAUUGAAUGUAACUGACACUAUCAACAUAACGUUUUCGAUAUACUCGUACAUAAAUUUAAAGCGAAAGCAAUAAAAUUAACAAAUCUUUGAUUCAAAAUAGUGCAUGGCAGAGCAAGCGAGUGUUGUAAUGAUAGUUAUUAUUAUUAAUAGUAAUGAAUAAUCACAAAUAUUCUCAUAGGACAUAAAAUCCCAGUUGCAAUGGCAGUAGCGGUUGAUUUUUGUGUCUUGCGGGCGAUGAAAUCUGUAAUAAUUACAGCAUCAGAUAUACAUAUAUUAACUGGAAUGGUUUAUUGUAAACAAUGAGCUAUACCCACGCAAACACACAAAUAUAUACGAAGUGUUGAAUAGUUGUUAAACUCUUGACACAUCUCAAAAGUGAAAUAUAAUUGAUUGGACGAAAGUGGCGGACAAACACAUUUCAAGCGAACAACUGACAAUUGUUAUGAAAUUGAUUGCAUAGUUUAUAAUAACGUUUUCAUAUGACAAGCUACGACAGAACUUCAUUUAUUCACAAACACACACGAUCGUAAUGUAAUAUUGAUAAAUAAUUGUAAUAAAAUUAAAUUAUCUGUAAUAAUUGUAAUAGCACACUACUUAUGCAAUAUUUUUAGUGGAUUAGCCUUAGUUUCUCCAUGCAUUACUGACUCUAGUUUAGUUCAGUUUGAUUUAUUUUCCAAGAGCGCUGCUAUAGUGAUAUUAACAUUUACAGAGCAAAGAUUUGUGUACAUUGUAAUAUGUAAAGUUUACAUUUAACAAUUAAAAAUAACAUUAACACUGAGCAGCAUUGAGAACCGAUUCAGCUGUUCAAUGCGACACAUAAAUUUGUUUACAAAACGGCUCUGUCGAAGCGAGAACCGUUUGAUUCAAAUUAUAUUUAUGUUUAUUAUUGAUUAGCAUUAUAGAACAUGCUUAUCUAAAUAUACGAAAUAUACAACAUACAUAUAUUCACAUAA